GAUUAGCGGCUGUGUUUCAGUGUUGUCCAGUGCGGCUUAGUGUUGGUUUUUUUUUUGUUGCUGUUUUGUUAUUAUUAUUGCGGUUAUGCAAUGCCACAGUUUGAUGAAUCUUUUUUGAGCGAUUGUGCGCUCGCCGAUCGCUGGCAUUUCUACUCGUACACGCUCAAGCAGACACCGCAUCAUCCUCAUCAUCACCAGCACAAUUAUAGUUACCAUCACGAUAAUGAUGACAACGAUCAUCAGCGGGCAUCAUGGAUGCCGCGAGAUAACAACAACAAUAGCGGCCACACACUACACAACAUCAAAUUCCAGCGCCGUUGCAGGCACAAAAAGAUGCCCCGUCUGGCAGCAUCGCUGUCGAUGCCAGUGAUGCCCAUGUCCCAGGACAGUAUCCCUAACGCUGUGGCGGGCGAACACGGCAGCAUUAGCUCUCCGAACACGCCGGGCGGAGGUGCCAUCGGUGGUGGGUGCAGCAGCAGCAGCAACAACAGCAUCAACAGCGGCAGCUACGCGAGUGCCUCCUCAGUUCCUGUCGCAUGCACACCGCCGCCGCCGACGCACCAGUACCAGGGCGGAGGGAGGGCCGGAGGCGGAGUGCCACCGGCACCGCCGAGCGCCGUUCACGGCAAUCCGAGCGGAUCUUCGGGGCAUAAGAACAGCCUCAAGGGAACGAAGCUGGCACGACGCGCACGCUCCUUUAAAGACGACCUGAUCGAAAAGAUAUCCCUGAUGCGGACCACCAACAACACGCUGGGUCGCUCCCACUCGCCGCACAGUCCGCGUACGAAGCAUGGCGCCGGUGUCAAGCCGCCGCCUUCGAACGAGGAGGUGCAGCGCUCCACACAGACUCUGGAGACGCACGUCAAGGAUAUAUCGAAUGCCCUCAAGCACUUUCGGGACGUUAUUCUGAAGAAGAAGCUCGAGGUGCUGCCCGGCAAUGGCACGGUCAUCCUGGAGACCAUUGCCAGCAUGUAUUCCGUUAUCCAAACGUAUACCCCACUGAAUGAGAACAGUGCCAUCAUGAGCUCGGCCACGCAGCAGGUCUACCAAUCCCUGGGGAAACUCAUCAAACUCUGCGACGAGGUAAUGCUCUCCGACGAGAGCGGCGAGUGCCCCUCCCUAAGCAACGAUAAUGUGCGCGAAGUUAUCGAUCUACUCGAGGACGCAGUGAGGAAUCUCGUAACCCUGGCCCAGGGUAAACUAAAGGAGCAGGAUCAGUGCGCCUUUCGCUACAGCGGCUCCUCCGGCCUGGGCGGCAUUGGGGCCGCAGCCGAGAUUAUGGGUGCGGUCACAGCAUCCAGCACGAAUGCAGGCGGCGUAGGCAGCGGCGGCAUACUACCGGUUGGUGGUGUGCCCGGCACCGGGAUCACGGGCGUGGCCAGCAUGCGGAUCUCCGCUGUCGAGAACGCGGCCGUUGGCCAGCGCACCUCCCUGCCAGACAUUGCCCUGUCGCCGAAGGAGCGGGCUAUCCUGGAGCAUCGGAAUGUGAACCCCAUGCGGGGAUCGCACAGCACCGAGAGCAUACUGCGCGACACGAGUCCGCCGCCAAAGCCGCCGCUACCGAAUCGGGCAAGCAAUCCCCCACCGCUGCCACCCAAGCGACGCAGUCAGCCGCAGGCGCCUCCCGGUGGCUCCUCCUCAUCGACGUCCACCUCUAACCAGGCCAGUCCGCUGCCCUAUGCGCAGUCGCACAACAUCAGCCUCAACUCGGACCUGGACUGCAGCUCCAACAUCUCGCUGCUGAACUACGGUGUGGAUCGAUUAUCGGUGCGUUCCCGUUCCCCGGAUGAGAAUAGCCAGUGCUCCUUUGACUCGGCUCUGAAUCACUCGCGCGAGGAGGAGGAUCCGCAGCAGCAGCAACAGCAACUGAAGCAGACAUUGAAGCUGAUGGAGGAGGAUGCGGACAAGUUGAUUAGCUACAAAGCCGCCGGGUCCGCAAGCGCUGCUGCACAGGAAAUGGUCAUGGCCCAGGCACCAUCCAAUGCGCAGACACUGCUCCCAGGAACAGGAGUCCCAGGCCCAGGCCCAGGCGCAAGUGGAGCAGGUGCAGGUGCAGGAGGUGGAGGGGAAACUAACACGGAGCUGCGCACUGCGACGGCAGCCCUCACCAACAAUCGUCAUUCGAACGAAUCGGGUUUCGUGUCGAUGAAGUCGUUCCGCACAUCCACGCAGAGCGUCUCCAAGCGCUCCUCGGACUACAGCGUGCAAUCGUCGGCCAAAUCGUCGAGUAGCAAUUCGGAGAUUGCGAUCAGUAUCAGCGAGUCAGCGUCGGCGACAGCGAGUGCGGCCAGCAGCGAGUACCAGCAGAUCAGCCAGUCGGUCAGCCACAGCAGUCACCGGUCGCAGCAGCAGCAGCACAUCUCCAGCAGCUGCAGCAGCAGCAUGACCACCACCACCAUGAGCAGCUACAGCAGCAGCGAUCAGCAGGAGCAGGCGGCCACAACGGAGGCUGCAGCACCCGCCCUGCCGCCCAAGCUGACAACACCGGUAGUGACGGCGACGGCGACGUCAACGUCAACGUCAACGGCAACGUCGACAACAACGCACCAGCGCACGCUGACGCGUCACGAAUCGAGCGCCCUCGACGAGCUGGACUGGAGCCAGGGCGCAGCCAGCAGCAGCAGCAGCAGUGCCGCAGAGGUGGCAGAGCUGAGGCAACUGUCGCCGCACCAUCACCACCAGCAACAGCUGCACCAGUGGCAUUCGAAGCACCAUAGCCUGAUCGAGCCGCCGCGCAGUGCCCCCCACCAUUUGGCUGGCAGUUGCAGCGCCUUCGAUCAGAGGCAUCUCGAGGAGCCGCCGCCGUUGCCCAUAAAGAAGAAGCACAUGUUUCAAAGUGUGGCAUUCUCGGUUCUGGCCUACAUGGAGGUCUGCUCGGCCCCGACCCGCCCCAUCGAGCAGCACCGACACACGAUGCAUGCGUACAACAUCAGCCGGAAUAUCUCCCAUAGCCAGACAAUGAACAUUAUGCCGAUGAGCAAGGAGCUGUCGCCCGAGCUGGAGACACCACCAGCCCUGCCGCCAAAGAACUACAAGCAGCGCAAGCCGACGCCCUCUUUGCAGCCGAUAAUUGUCACAACACCGCCGCCCAGUCCAAAGCCGACUCUGGGCGAGAAUGGGUCGAGCGGAGGAUGCGGUGGUGGCGGCAGCGGGCGGCCAGACAGUCGUAUGGCCACUGUUUGUGAAGAGCAUAACGAUUCCCUGGUCCUCGACAACAAUGAGAAUGUGAAUGUCAGUUCUGGCGACGGCGAUGGAGAGGGCGAAGGCGAGGGUCAGACCUUCUAUUGCCACUCGCAUCAGCUGCCGGAUGAGCCGGUGGCAGCGCAAACAUUAGCGGACACUGAUCAGCAGCAGCAGCAGCCCAUUAGCACGCCCAAGCUGAUCGAUGAAGACCAAGAGUCGAGAGUCGCCCCAGAGUACGAGGCUGAGAAGCAGCAGGAACAGCAGCGGCAUCAACGCCAGUCUGAUGGUAGCGACAGACAGCAGCAGCAGGACGCUGGCGAGGUGGAGACGCUGAUCAAUAUGCUGGAGGAGGUUAAUAUAACGCGCUAUCUAAUACUCAAAAAGAAGGAGGAGGACGGGCCAGAGGUCAAGGGCGGCUACAUUGACGCGCUCAUUGUGCACGCGAGCCGUGUCCAGAAGGUCGCCGACAAUGGUAGGCAUCCACAUCCACAGCAAGCCAAGCGGAAGCAUGUCAAGCACCCUCGUAACCAUCGAACUCCCCCCCACUCAUCUUGUGUCUGUCAUUCUGUCUCUGUCCAUUCCACACGUGCAGCAUUCAGCGAGGCGUUCAUCACCACCUUCCGCACCUUCAUCCAGCCAAUCGAUGUGAUCGAGAAGCUCACCCAUCGCUACACAUACUUCUUCUGCCAGGUGCAGGAUAACAAGCAGAAGGCCGCCAAGGAGACCUUCUCGCUGCUGGUGCGGGUUGUCAAUGAUUUAACAUCUACGGACCUCACCAGCCAACUGCUUAGUCUGCUGGUUGAGUUUGUCUACCAGCUGGUCUGCUCCGGACAGCUAUAUCUGGCCAAGUUGCUGCGCAACAAGUUCGUGGAGAAGGUGACGCUCUACAAGGAGCCGAAGGUAUAUGGCUUUGUCAGCGAACUGGAGCUGGGCGGAACGAUUACCAGCAGCGGAGCCGCUGGCGGCGGCGGUGGUGGUGGUGUUGGCGGUCUGUCCGGGAAUAGCAGCAGCAGCAUGAGCAGUGGCAGCAGCAAUCAACCCAGUUUGCUGGACCUCAAGUCUUUGGACAUUGCCGAACAGAUGACGCUGCUGGAUGCGGAGCUGUUCCAGAAGAUCGAGAUACCCGAAGUAUUACUAUUUGCCAAAGAUCAGUGCGAGGAGAAGUCGCCCAAUCUCAACAAGUUCACCGAGCACUUUAACAAGAUGUCCUACUGGGCACGCUCCAAGAUCCUGCGACUGCACGACGCCAAGGAGCGGGAGAAGCAUGUGAAUAAGUUCAUUAAAAUCAUGAAGCAUCUGCGUAAGAUGAAUAACUAUAAUUCGUAUCUGGCGCUGCUCUCGGCCCUCGAUUCGGGCCCCAUUCGAAGGUUGGAGUGGCAGAAGAGCAUCACCGAGGAGGUGCGAUCCUUUUGUGCCCUCAUCGAUUCCAGUUCCAGUUUUCGGGCCUACCGCCAGGCCCUGGCCGAAACCAAUCCGCCCUGCAUACCCUAUAUCGGUCUGGUCCUGCAGGAUCUGACGUUUGUGCAUGUGGGCAACCAGGACUAUCUGUCCAAGGGCGUCAUCAACUUCUCCAAACGCUGGCAGCAGUACAACAUCAUUGUGAACAUGAAGCGUUUCAAGAAGUGUGCUUAUCCGUUUCGACGCAACGAACGGGUCAUACGGUUCUUUGAAAACUUCAAGGACUUUAUGGGCGAGGAGGAGAUGUGGCAGAUAUCGGAGAAGAUCAAGCCACGCGGACGUCGGCCCCAAAACUACUAAAAACAAAAGAAAACAAAACAACAGGAAAGAUGCAGUAGAAUGCAGCAACUACAAAACACCAACUAUAUAUAUACGGAAUAUAUAUGUUAUAUUAUAUA